GCUACCGAGGGAGGCGGCGGCCAUCUUGGCGGCGGCGGCGGGGCGAUGAGCGGCUCGAAGGCGAGGGGGGCGGCGGCGGCGGGACCGGAGAAGAAGCCGCCACCGGGAACCGGGGGGGCCCUCAGCCGCCUGCGGGGGAGGCGAGGCUCUGCCGACGCGGCUCCGCGGCCGCCGUGGACCGAAUCCGAGCUGCUGGCGCUGGAGACCGUCCGGCCCGAGCACGUCCUGGGGCUGUGCCGGGUGACGGAGAAUUAUUUAUGCAAACCUGAGGACAAUAUUUACAACAUUGACUUCACCAGGUUUAAGAUCCGGGACCUUGAAACUGGAACAGUGCUGUUUGAAAUUGCAAAGCCCUCUGCUUCAGAGCAAGAUGAGGAGGAUGAAGAUGACAACAGUGAACUGGACGCUAGUGCAGGCCGCUUUGUUCGUUACCAGUUCACCCCAGCAUUUCUCCGUCUUCGGACUGUUGGUGCAACAGUGGAAUUCACAGUGGGAGAAAAGCCAGUGUCAAACUUCCGAAUGAUUGAGAGACAUUACUUCCGAGAUCGCUUGCUGAAGAACUUUGACUUUGAUUUUGGCUUCUGUAUCCCCAGCAGCAGGAACACAUGUGAACACAUUUAUGAAUUCCCUCAGCUCUCAGAAGACCUUAUCCGUCUGAUGGUUGAAAACCCGUACGAGACCCGCUCAGACAGCUUUUACUUUGUGGACAACAAGUUGAUUAUGCACAACAAGGCCGACUAUGCUUACAACGGAGGACAGUAAUCGUUCUGUGUCCGCUGGAUGCUGUGAUGCCGUUAAUCGUUCCGGAUGUCCAGGAGUGGACUGGAGUUGCUGUCUCGUGCAACAAGGCUUCUUGCCAAACCUUUUCUCCUUGCAUGAGGCUGAAAACAUGAAGCAAAGACAACAGCUCAUGAAAGUGAAGGAAAUCUCCCUGCAACACUUCUCUGUCCGACGCUCACCGUAUCCUGCCUCUCAUCCUCUAUUUCUGGUUACCUUCUGGUACCUUGGUUAGGUCAUGGGUGGGAGGCACUGUUAGACAAUUCUUGCUGUUACAAUCUUUGUAGUUAGGUUGCACUUUUAGUGCUUCUGAUGUUUCACCUUUUGGGUGACUACCCUCUUUCAAGAGGUCAGAUAGUUUGGGUAAGCUAUUUCUUAGCAGGACCAUUUUCCCCCUUCCAAGUAGCCUGUGAUCCCUGAAGAACAGAUCUUUUCUUUGGUGGAUAGAUCAUCUCUUUAGUGCACAACGGUUUAGUUUGUAGCAUGGCUGAGAUUGCUUUUCAGGGUGCAUCCCAAUGUUCUACAGUGAGAAAGAAAAGAGACUAAUUCAGCUUCUAAGCAGUGUAGGAACCUUCCUUCUGCCUGAGCUGCCCCUGAGAACAGUUUAAUCUGCGUCUUUCUGGAGAUUUCACUAGGGAUACGAGAUAGGGGGAGAGGAGGGGCUUUAUCCAGGUUGGUCAUCGGGUCAUUCUGAUGGUAUUUCUAUUUGAGUUCUUGCGAGCAAAUCAUUGAAUUUUGGAGCUCGGGUCAACCUUAGAGCUGAAAUUAAUCUCACUGUAUUUACCAUUUCUUCUGCUUCCCUUUGUGUAGGAUUUUUGGCUCUUGCUACAGAAUGUAUUGCUUUAUAGAUUGACAGCACCUUGUCAGUCUAAGCUGGGGUGGUGGGGAGGUGUCAGUCUAGUGGGGCUUAGAGGGAAAAGGGAGAAUGUGGAAAAUCACUUGAAAAAUGUGUAGGAAGCAGAGCUUCCUAGGCUUCAAUCUCUAUACUUUUAAACCUGAAUGAUCUGUCAGAGGUGCUGGAAGGAGAAACGGUGGUGUUAUCAGCUCAUUUGCUUUGUUUUGGUUGAGGUUAUUAGUAGCUAAAAGCUUCCUGGGUCAGAUCACUCAGUGUUACGGAGUGGGAUUGUUACAGAGAGAGAAUUUACAUGAUUCUUUUUCUUAUUGAGUUCCCAUCACUGCUUUGCCUUCUUACCUGCUUAUUUAUGGUUUAGGAAGUUCUGCUGCAUUAGGUACCACCGGAGCAGGGGGUGUAUUUCACAGCCGUGUUUGGGAUCUGGUGAUAGCACAGAUCUUCAGUGUUGUGCAGUGGGGAGACCCGUGUCUUCCCAGCAGCUGUGCUGGAGCCUAACUCCUCAUCGUGCAAAAUCUCAGCUAACAAAACCCUUUUCUGCUUAUUUUGCGGGCUCUUAAGACUGGUGUUUUCCUGUCUCCAGCUGGGCUGGUCAGUCGUGUCUCUUUUACGUAGGAGUUAGGUUGCAUCUAGACUAGAGAUGGGUGCUAGUAUUAGUUCCACUUGUUCCUUGAGACAGUUGAAACCUAACUCCUCGGUGGAUACACUUGUUUACCUGCUGCGUUAAGUAAGAUUCAGCGUGGUUUAUGUUUUAGCAGGAUUAAGUGCAGUGGGCAUCACGGCCCGGAGCCUGUUAAUGCGUAGACAGCAAUAGGAAACCACUGCCUUCACCUCGCAGAUUAAUGAUGUUAACUUUGGCACAGAAGAUCAGCUGGCACCAGGGUAAGCAGUGAGAGUAUGUGGGGUGGCAGCCAUGAAAGAAUCUCCAGCUCUUGGGAAGAUAUUUAAUUAUGAUUAACCACAACAAAUGACCUGUUCUGGGUGGAGCAUUAAUCAUGAGCAACCACAACAAAUGUCUUGGGAAUGCAGAGGGGCAAGGUCUCCGUGGUUCAAAGAUGAAGAACAGUUCUGCUACCAUCGGUCCCCUCCAUCAUCUCCAAAGGCACUUGGGCAGCCUGGUUUAGUUAUUUCAGAAUUAAAGCUGCCUGUAAGGUGGAGCUUGAGAUGCCUCCUGCAGCAAUUCCCUUCAGAAGGCCUUGUGCCAGUGAGGUGGGAAAGAUUUGUUUUGAUGGCAGAAGAGGAGGUUACUUGUGACAAGGCAGGAUUCCCUGGAAGUGAGUUUUUAAUCCUGAAGUGUUCAGAGAUGCUCAGGUAGUGUCUGCAGAGCCUGCUAAUUAUUCCCUGGGAAAUUUUAGCAUAUUGAGCUGAAUUUGUAUGUAGUAUAAAUCCAGGUGCCUUUAGAUGUUACUUAUAUCUCAUUUUCUAUAUGAAGCAACCUCUUGCUUUUCUUAACGGGCGUGAUGAUUCCCAUCUGUUUUCUGUGUCACCGUGUAAAGGUUCUUAAAAAGAAUAUGGCCUGUUGCCAGAGCCAGCAGCAGAAAUUGAGCUCCGCGCGGUCGGCCGGGGUGUCUGCCGGGCCGGGGGUGCCAUCUAGCCGCUGCUCGGCAGAACGGGAAUGUAAAUGCUUGUAGGGAAGUGGAUUCCUGCCCUUCCUCGUUACCUCUGCCAGCAGUGAUGAGGGGGGAAAAAAAAAAAAAAGCAUGGAAGCAUUUGUUUUCCCGUUGGUGAA